AUGGAUGCUGAGCACAAGUUUCGAGUCCGCAGAUUGAAGAUGUUAGAUAAAAGCAAAGGUUUCAUAGAGCUAUUGCAACAAUUAAGUGUUUGCGAUUCUGUCUCAGAUAAGGAAUUUGAAGAACGUCUUCAAGAGAUUAGCUCAUAUGGUGAUGACCAUCUUAUUUGUGUAAUCGAAGAUGAUCAUUCUGGGAAGAUAAUUGCGACUGGGAGUGUCUUUAUUGAAAAAAAGUUUUUAAGAAAUUGUGGUAAAGUUGGCCACAUUGAAGACGUUGUGGUUGAUUCUGCAGCUCGAGGGAUGCAAUUAGGAAAGAAAAUUAUUGAUUUUCUUACAGAUCAUGCUCAUUCAAUGGGUUGUUAUAAGGUGAUUCUUGAUUGCAGUCUCGAGAACAAAGCAUUUUACGAGAAAUGUGGUUUCAAGCAGAAAGAAGUUCAAAUGGUGAAGUAUUUCAUUUAA